AGAAAAGAAACAAUAAGCAAGAAGUUGCAUAAAAAUAUUUUUUGGUUAUAUUAUUAUAACCUUUUGAAUCAUAAUCUCAAACAGAAACAAACUUUAUUAUGUUGAUUAAUUUAGGAUUGCGGCAGUGCGCCAAGUAUUCGAAUAUUCUUAAAAUUCCUCGUAGAUUUUGUAGCGCAACUACAACUCCAAAUGAAAAUGGGGACAAUACCGCGGAUCUUAAAACUGGAGGUUUUGCGAAAGCUUAUGAGAAACAAUCACAAAUUUUAAAACAAGAGGAUAAUCAAGAUUUCACAUUUCCCGCAUUACUCCGGAAUUCAAAACUAAUCGAUUUAGGAGAUCCUGUAGGAAAAAUUGUUAUCGGUAAAAUAUUUCACGUAGUAAAUGAUGAUUUAUACAUCGAUUUUGGAUGGAAAUUUCACUGUGUGUGCACAAGACCCACUACACGUGGAGAGGAAUAUGUCAGAGGUGCAAGAGUUAGAAUACAGAUCAGCGAUCUCGAGCUUUCGUCCAGGUUUUUGGGAUCCAACACUGACCUAACCCUAUUGGAAGCUGAUUGUAAAUUACUAGGUAUAGUUUCAUCUCCAGUUCGGGUAACUACUGCACAAAAUUAA